AUGUCUCCACGCAGAAGCCUCUUUGCUCCCUUCAUCCCCGCGCUCGCCGAGGACCACCACCGUGGACGCGCCGUGCUGCGUGCCAAGGCUGAGGACGAGCACCAACGGCCCCCCUGUGCCAUUCUGCAGCUGAGGCUCGGUCCCGGUGGCGCGCUCCACGGGCAUCUUCAGGCGGACGCGCGUGUGGCCUUGGAGCGCGCGCAGAGGCGGCGGCGCCUGGCCGCCAACGCCCGGGAGAGGAGGAGGAUGCUGGGCCUCAACGUGGCCUUCGACCGGCUGCGGAGCGUCAUUCCCAAGCUGGAGAGCGACAAAAAGCUCUCCAAGUCGGAGACGCUCCAGAUGGCUCAGAUUUACAUCUCCACCCUCUGCGAGCUGCUUCAGGAUGCACCACGCCCUCCGGCAGAGGACCCCCAGCGCCAGGAUGGGGAGCCGCAAGGGGAGGCUCGGGAAGACCCAAUCCAGGAAGGAGGACUCAGGCCCGGCCCGCAUAGACGAGCAGCCCCGGAGCUUCUGUGAGGACCAGAGGGACCAAAGUGACUUAUUUUUCAAUCACUCUGGUUCCUUCUUGACACUUUACACACUUCCUUUCUCCAUGUUUGAGGUUUUCUAAAGGACAUUUGAAAUCAUUUCUCUAUUUUCCUGCUUGCACUUUGGGACAGGGUUAAGGGUUAAGGGUUAAGGGUUGGGGGCGCUGCUUGCGUUAGGGGCGCUGCUUGCCACCAGCCAAGGCAACUGCUCAGGGCCCAUUUGGGGGCCCUCGGGGGCUGAAAAACUUUGAACUUCUCCAGCAGUGGCACUAUGCAAAGGGGCCCCCCAUGAUUUUUUUUCUAGGGCCCCAACAGACUCUAGAAUCGCCUAUGGGUACAGUUAGGGGUCAGGUGUAAGGGGCAGGGUUAAAGGUUAAGUGUAAGGGUUAGGUGUUAGGUGAAGGGUUAAAAGGUUAGGCGUUAAAUGUAAACGGUAGGGUUUAAGGGUUAUGUGUAAAGGGAAAGUGUUAGAGGUUGGGGUUAAGGGUUAGAGCUUGUUUUAACUUCCGAGUAAAACAUUCCACUCUUGCUCAUUUGGGACGUUUCACGAAAAGGAAGAACAGAAAGUAGCAGAAAGUAGCAAUUUUUAUUCUUUUUGAAGUAUGUACACGUACAAAGAUCACGUUGUCCUUGUUAAGAAGCGUUCUGCCCCCCGCCCGCCCACACACACACACACACACCUCCACCAGGCUGUAAAAAAAUCACUUUCAUAAAAGUAGAUAAGAGUCUACAGGGCCAUCAUGCUGUCCUUCUAUAUGGACGUAUGUACAAAGACUAUGUACACAAAGCUCAUCACCGCUCUCAAUAAAGCUCUUGUAAACGUGUGUCUCUGUGUGUGUGUGUGUGUGUGUGUGUGUGUGUGUGUGUCUGUGUGCAUGAACAAAAAGAUGACGACAAAACAAGCACAAUCCGAAGACGAUUUCAUAAGUCCAACUGGAACAUUCCGCCUCUUUGGCAACUUGAGUACUGACAGGAUGACAUCAUCUUAUGAAGCG